AUGGUCAACAAACUCGACCUCGAAGCCUUCCAACACGACCGCUCCCGGUGGCGCCGCUCACUCCUUUUCCCCUCCUGGCUCCUCCAGAUCCUCAUCCUCCUCUGCCUCAUGGGUAUAUUCGCCUACCGACUCGCAGAAACAUUCGAGCAUUACUCGGCCGAGAAAAAGAACGGUUCCAUUCCCAUGGUAGAAGUAGUAUGGGAAGCAACAAACAUCCUCUUCAACCUCCUCUCCCUCCUCCUCACAAUCCUCGAACUGGCGCGCUUCAUCACCUCCCGCCUCACCCCCUUCCUCCUCCUCUCCACCAACCUCGUCAAACUUGUGCUCUCGCUUGCCGUGUUGGGUCUCGAUGUUGUAGCCCAUUUGCGACAGCUAGAUGGGCAUUACCCCACCAUCGGGCUCAGUCUUGACUGUGGUCUUCUUGCUGCUUCGUUGUCUUCGUUUGCGUACGCGGUCCUCAAGCACAGGGAAUCGAGAAAAUACGAACAAUAUCACCUCACUGACGAGGUUAAGCGUGCGGAACCGGGGAUUUUUAUGGCUGGAGCCGGGGGGGGGGGGGAGGAUCACGGGGAUUGUCAAGCCUUAUGA